AUGCUCUUCACCAUCCUCACCUUACUUGCGGCCGUCCUCUUGGGCAUGGGCCAGGCAGCCCCAUCCACAGCUGUCCAGCUCGCCCGCGACGACAAGAACCCCAACCUGACGCACAUCAUCUGCCAGCCACAGAUGUUCCUCGAGGCGCGCGCCGACUUCACCGACAACGGCAUCAAGUACCUGCGCAACAAGAACACGGCGGAUCCUCUGUUCGGCCCCAAGACCAACGGCAAGCACUGCACGCGCGUCAGUUGCGAGUACGCAUCGGGUAUCUACGUGUGCAACGACAAUGACUUUGGCGUGCGCGUGCCGCUCGACACGCUGGCCGACUACGCGCAGGCGAUCCGCGACGACUCCGACAAGAGGUGCAACUACCGCGUGAAACACUACAAGGGGGGCAAGGACGAGGAAGAUGUGACGUGGGGACAGGCGUUUGAUGCCAACGGAUGGAACGUCAUUGUUGGCUUUUGGCAUUCGGAUGAGAAGUGCGAGUAG